AUGAUUGUUAGUGGUCGAUUAGGACGAGAAAUUGUUCCUUCCAUUCAUCAACUUCAACAAAUUAUAUUAAUCUAUGUGUAUUGCGGCGAUAAAGAAAGUAACAAAGCAUGGGCUGAUAAAUUUUCAAAAGUAAAAGCUGUUGUUGAUGACUCUAAUGAGCUGAUCUCUCGAAUUGAAGUUGAUCAUAAAACUCAAAAAAUGGUGGAAGAAUCAAUGACAAUUAAUUUUUUUACUGAUGCAGAUAAAUCAAUGACUGGUCUAAAUGGUAAAUUUGUUUUUUCUCAAAUUCUCAUUGAUUGUCUUCUACGGCUAAAAUACACUCCAGUAGAUAAGAAAGAACUUAUUUAUCGUUGUAAACAGGAAUGCAAAGGCAAUAAAAAACAGUUGGAUUAUCUUCAUGAAUUUGAAAUAGAUUAUUCACCUGAUAAAGUGUUACUGUGGUACACACGACAAUCGUUCUUUUUCAAGACGCUCAAUGCAGCUCUACGCACCGAAGAUUUUCAUUUGAUGUUUUUAUUUCGUGCAUACAUCCUCGACAUAUAUGAUCAAUUAAAAAAAUGUCAAUCUAAGAAUCCUUUACGAGUUUAUCGAGGACAAAAGAUGUCAAAUGAUGAACUGCAAAAUUUGAAACGACGCCUUAAUCAGUUUAUUUCAGUGAAUUCAUUUUUUUCCACCAGUACCAAUAAAAAUGUAGCUCUGCCAUUUCUGAAUAUCGAUGAUACUACAGAUAAAUUAGUACCAGUAUUAUAUGAAAUCGAUGCCGAUCCUAAUAAAGUUACAGGAAAACCAUUUGCUGAUAUCAGUGCAUAUAGUGAAUUUCCUGGCGAAUCAGAAAUACUUUUUAUGCCUGGCUCCAUUUUUCGUUUAAAUAGCUUCAAUCACAGUAGUGAUGAUCCAUAUUGGAUCAUCCGUAUGACAUUGUGCAGCGAUGAUGAACAUGACUUAAAACAAGUUCUUAUGUAUAUGAAACAGCAGCUUGGUAAUGGAGAAACAAAUCUUCGAACAUUAGGAAAAGUAUUAUGGAAAAUGGGAAAACUUGAUUUGGCAAAACAAUAUUUCACUCGUCUAUUAAAUGAACUUUCACCAAAUGAUCCUUUACUUAGUACUUUGUAUGACGAUCUUGGCGAACUAGAAUCACAGAUCGGCGACUUUAACAUGAGUAUCCAGUGGUAUCAAAAAUCAGCCGAAUUCAAAAGCCAAAAUCAAUUAACUUCAACUUCUAGUGUUAAUGAAGCAAGCAAUUCUGUUGUACCACUACGUGCAAGUUCCAUUGAUAUUCAUCCGAAUGCAAAAUGGUCACAGAAUGGUAUCACUGUGGUUGGAAGAAAUGAAUAUGGCAGUGGAACCAAUCAACUCCGUUACCCACGUGGUUUGUAUAUCGAUGAUGAUCAAACGAUAUAUGUCGCUGAUUAUGGGAAUCAUCGUAUUGUAGAAUGGAAAUAUGGUGCUACGAAUGGAAAAGUGAUUGCUGGUGGAAAUGGACCAGGAAAUGAAGCGAAUCAAUUAAACCAUCCACGAGAUGUGAUUGUUGACAAAGAAAGAGAUAGUCUCAUCAUCAGCGAUUGGGGAAAUAAUCGAGUAGUUCGAUGGCCUCGUCAAGAUAGUGCUAGUGGAGAAACUAUCAUUUCGAAUAUUGCUUGCUUUGGUUUGACAAUGGACGAAAAUGAAUCUCUCUAUAUCGUUGAUGAUAUAAAACAUGAAGUAAGACGAUAUAAAAUUGGUGAUACGGAAGGAACAGUGGUUGCAGGUGGCAAUGGACAAGGAAAUCGUCUCGAUCAACUCUCUAAUCCCUGCUACAUAUUUGUCGAUCGAAAUCAUUUAGUAUACGUGUCUGAUUUCGGAAAUGAUCGUGUGAUGAAAUGGGAGGAAGAUGCAAAACAAGGCACUGUCGUAGCCGGUGGUCAAGGAGAAGGAGAUAGUCUUACACAAUUAUAUUGUCCUGAAGGAGUCGUUGUCGAUCAGUUGGGUACUGUGUAUGUAGCUGAUUCUGUUAAUUAUCGAAUCAUGCGUUGGCCAAAAGAAGCUACACAGGGAACUGUCAUUGGCGGUGGUAACGGUGAAGGAACGCAAUCGAAUCAACUCGGUAAUCCCAUUGGUUUAUCAUUCGAUCGACAAGGCAAUCUCUAUAUUGUCGAUAAUAAUAAUCAUCGAGUACAAAAGUUUGAUAUCCAAUAA